UAUAGGCUAGGCUAUUUCCUGCAGUCAAUCGCUGGCCGCAAAAUGUUGUUGUACGCGGCUGUCUUGGUGACGGUGCUCAGUUUCGCCGCUGCUAGUGAGAAGAAAGUGGUCUGCUACCACGGGACAUGGGCCACGUAUAGAUCGGGGCUGGGCCAGUUCGACGUGACGGACAUCGACCCGCAUCUCUGCACUCACGUCAUAUACUCCUUCGUGGGCAUCAAUGAUCAGGGAGAGGUCAUAUCGCUCGACCCCUAUGUGGACCUGCCCAGCGGUAAAAAUGCUUUCAGGAACUUUAAUGCUCUGAAAAAGAUAAAUCCAAAACUAAAAACCUUACUUGCUGUCGGAGGAUGGAACGAGGGAUCAUCGAAAUAUUCAACUAUGGCCGCUGACGCGAGUUUGCGUGCGAACUUCGUGAAGAGCGCCCUGAACAUGGUGCUGACAUACGGCUUCGACGGCUUUGACCUGGACUGGGAAUAUCCCGCGCGACGAGACACCACCCACGGUGAUGCUGAUGUAGAUAACUUUACCACGUUGAUCAAGGAACUGAGGGUACAGUUCGACAAAUAUGGCCUGUUGCUAUCUGCAGCCGUGUCACCUACUAGCGCCACCGCGUCGCUGUCCUAUGAUAUUCCAAGCAUUUCCAAGUACUUGGACUUCAUUAACGUGAUGACGUAUGACAUGUACGGUCCCUGGGAAGCCGUGGUGCUCCAUAACUCGCCGCUGCAUCGGGGAGAGGGUCAGGAAAAUGAGGCGAGGGAAGACGUCAACUCCGCUGAUGUGUCCCUGGACUACUGGUUGAGUCAAGGCUGUCCACCUGAGAAGUUGCUGAUGGGCGUACCGUUCUAUGGACACACGUUCAAGUUGGCCGACGCUUCGCAGAGUUCUGUAGGCGCUCCGUCUGCUGGCGCCGGCAUCGCGGGGCCCUUCACGCAGGAAGCGGGCAUUAUUGGGUAUAACGAGUUCUGCGACAUGUUACAAACCCAGUCGUGGGACGUUCGCUACGACCCCAAAGCCAAGGUACCUUACGCCGUCCUUGGCAACGACUGGGUGUCAUACGACGAUGUGGACUCCAUGGCCAAGAAGGUCGAAUAUGCUAUCAGCCGUGGCAUAGGCGGUGUCAUGUUAUGGAGCAUAGAGACUGAUGACUUCCACGGCAUCUGCGGGGAGAAGUUCCCUCUACUGAACACCAUCAACCGAGUGAUGGCAAACCAAAUACCGACUACGAAGCCAACGGUUGCUCCUUCUACUGCUAAGCCAACGGUUGCCAGUUCAACUUCUACGACGAAUAAGCCAUCCAGUACAGUUUCAACCACUGCUUCUAUCUCAGGUAUCUGCAGCAAGCUCGGACCAACACGGAAUCCGGCUGACUGCUCGACCUACUACAUGUGCGUGUACGACCGCUCAGGAGGCAUCUCCCCAAUUCUCAUGCACUGCCCCAAAUAUACUUACUGGGACCAGAAGCACCUCUACUGCAAUUAUCUACAUGAAACUGAUUGUAAAGUUUAGAUGGUCAUAUACUUACGUACCUUGUUACCCUAUCUAUUACUUCAUAUCACAUUAGUGUUUAAUCAUGGACGAAUUAUAUAUUAGGUACAUGUAUGAUUUCUCUUUGUUAGUAUUUUUGUAUUAAAUUUUGUAUGUUUGUUACUUUUUCAGUCAAAAAAUUACUAGAAUAAAUUAAUUGAUCAAAAUAGUAGUAGUCAAAAAUAGACAUAGAUUAACUUUUAUCUUACGCAGAUUUAUAUUUUAAUAAUGUCGUUUAGAUUGGAAUCCACAUUAUUAUUAUAUUCAGUUCAAAUUUUUGUAAAAACAUUUGCGGGUAGUCUGAUUUUUAGCCUGGAUUCACGGUUUUGACUUUGACAAUUAGUAUUCCGAUUA